AUGCUGUGUAUAACAUUUGAAAGUAUAACUUAUCUUGUCUGGUUGGAUAUAAACCUUAAAACACGACUGCUGAUAUUUCUCACUUUGUUAAAUAUGUCAAUGUUCACGUGUAAAAACACAGAAUUUUCACCGGAAGUGUUUACUUCGGUUAAACAACAUUCUUCUUUCAGUUCAGAUUUGCCUAAAUAUGUUACAUCGUAUUCAGAUAGUAUAAAGAAGCAUAGAGUGGAAUUAAUACCGAUUAAAGCGACUCCAGAGUAUGUUAUCCUUUUGGAUACGGACGUUACUGACUGGAAUAACUGGACUCGAAAUACAGGAAAAUAUGAAGGAUGGCGUCAACAGACACACCCAAUUUUACAGCGAAAAAUUUAUGGUGUAUGCCAGAUAGCCCAAGAGCACAAUGAUAAUUGGUUGUACAGUCCAUCAGUUCAUAUUACUGAAGCAAAAAAUAUUAUUGUAGAGGUUACCUUCACAAUAAGAGAAUGUAGGGAACAUCCAAACUCCGAAGUGUUACGUCAUUGUCAAGAGGUGUUAGAACUUCUUUUACGUCAGGAUGAUGGACUGGUAACCAACGAAAAUGAUGCCAAUAAUGUACAAAACUUAUAUGCAAAAUUGGCUACAUUGUCUACUUCGAAUAAGAGCCAACACGACCUUUCAACAGAAGGAUUUCUUUCCUCUUGGAAUGUAUCUAAUCAAAACACUAACAACAAUGCAAAUGAUUUAUCCUCAGAACAAGUUAAUGUAUACAUAACUAGAUUUAAUGUACAAAAUGAAAAUAUUCAAAUAGCUAUACGUGAUCGUGGAUCAUGCUCAACUAUACGAAGAGUGCGCAUAGGCUUUAUUGUUUGCCCAUUUAUUAGAAGAAAUUUUGUAGAAUACCCUCGAACUGUUACUGGUAGAAUAAUGGAAGGUCUAUCUGUAGAUGGACGAUGUAUCAGUGGUGCAGCCUUGCUUAAUCAUAGGGAAGUUCCUAAAUUGAUUUGUCAAACAGAUGGAUUAUGGUAUUAUGAAGCAUUGGUAUCGAUUGACCCAGCUGGUGAGACAAGCAUCAACAGCUUAACAAGAAGCGAUUAUUUAAAUCAUUUGGAUAGACCGUGUGAAUGUAUGCCUGGAUUUGGUGUAUCGAACGAGGACAGAUUGACAGAUCAGUUGUGUGAACCCUGUGGACUGUAUCACUACAAAUCAACCUUUGGACCAUUUCCAUGUCAACGUUGUCCAUUGAAUUCACACAAUCCUUUUCAUACUCUAUCAGGACGUAGUACACAUGGCCUUAAUUAUUUAAAGUAUGGCUCUCCAGUAUUGAAAUACAAUGGCUCAUUUCAGCACGAGGUUGACAAUUGUGUAUGCGAUGCUGGUUAUUAUCGUCAUCCGGUGUUGGACAGACCUGAUUCACCGUGUACAAAAAUACCAUCAGCACCGAGGAAUGUGACUGUUAAUCUGAGUGAUCCAGCUAGAGUGCAGUUAUCCUGGAAUGAACCAAUAGAAACAGGUGGUCGUUCAAAUGUCUGGUAUACUUUCAACUGUAUAGAGUUGCCUAAUCAGCUUUGCUCACCAUAUCUGACUACAGUCCCGACAGUGCCAACUCUUACGACCAGUUUAACACUUAUCGGAUUGAAUUUGGGCAAAUCUAUUGUCCUGAGUAUCAUAGCUACAAAUGAAUUAAGUGAACAUCUUUCACAUAUGGAGUUGAUUCAAUCUACCACCAGUAUAACAAUUCACCUACCUAAACCAAUAAAUAUUUCAGUUGGAAAUGUUCACUUUAAUGAGGUCAAACACUGGAAAGACAGUACAAGAAAAAACUCUAUUGAAAAAAUACCACAAUCAGAUUACAACUCUUUGACAUCUGGUGAACUACAGACAAAUCAACAAGUUGGUGGUUUUACUGUAAUAGAAUAUCAAGUCUACGUAUGGAUAAGUUCAACGGUGAUGGAAUUCGAGAACACUUACUAUGAAAGUAAACCAGCGUUAACACAUUUUCUAUCAGAGACUUCCAUUUUCUUAACUGAUCUACCACAGCCUGGAGCUUUAGGAAUUUGGGUAAGACCACGUUUAAGUACUGGAUGGGGAAUAUUUAAAAAGUCGGUGUAUUACUAUUCAAAUAUGAAUGCAGAAGAAGAUGGUGAAAAAAGAAUGACUACCUACAGUCCACUGCUUAUGGAUACCGCAUCAAAAGACCUGCUGACUACAUCAAAUCAUUCUCAGACAAUAAAGCUAGUGCAUACAUCAAAUCGUUUUCGGAUUCUAAUGGGUAUACUUGGUUUGGGUGCUAUUCUGUUAUGCUGUCUAGUAGCCAUUCUUAUAUUUCUUCGAUUCUGUUCAAAACAAAACAGAUUCAGAGAUAGAAACACGCAAAUGGAAACAGUUCUUGUUCCAAAUUCGUUGAACGGUGUGACAAAUGAGAAUAUUGACAAGCCAACAGAACGCGAUUUACAACUAGAAGCUCCAGACAGUCCAUCAGUAAGUGACCACUCCACUCCAUUGAAGUCUACCGUAUGUGAUCCACUUCAACCACCGGCUUCAAUCAGGGAAAUCAACAAAGAAAUAGAUCCACGCCGGAUUAUGAUCAAGAAAACAAUUGGUGAAGGAGAAUUCGGUAAAGUAUGCGCUGGUGAUUUUUUAGCUUUGCCUGACAGUAAACCACAACUUGUUGCUAUAAAAAUGUUACAUCCAAAUGUCAAUGAAAAAACACGUCAAGAUUUUUUAACAGAAGCAGACACAAUGAGUCAGUUAGAUCAUCCAAAUAUUGUACAGUUGAUUGGAUUAGUAACUCAAUCAGAGCCUAAAAUGAUAAUUAUUGAGUUUAUGGAGAAUGGAUCACUUGAUAAUUUUCUCAGAUGCUCUGGAGGUAAACUGGCAACUGAACAGCUGUUAUAUAUGCUAAGAGAUAUUGCAUCUGGGAUGAAUUAUCUUGCUCAUUUGAACUUUGUCCACAGGGAUUUAGCUGCUAGAAAUAUACUUGUUGACAAGUUCAAUACCUGUAAAGUAUCAGAUUUCGGAUUAACUAGAAAAGUUGGCUCAGAUACUGCUGAGGAUGCAUACACAUUUACGGGUGGAAAAGUUCCUAUACGCUGGACAGCACCUGAAGCUAUAAUGUAUAGAAAAUUUACCAUAUCCAGUGAUAUCUGGUCAUUUGGUAUUGUAGCCUGGGAAUUAUUCAGUCUCGGUGAAAGACCCUAUUGGAAUUGGACAAAUCAAGCUGUGAUCGCAAUGGUAGAAAAAGGCUAUCGUCUACCUGCACCUAAAGCCUGCUCUGAUGAUAUCUAUCAAAUAAUGACAGCCUGUUGGGAUAAUAAUCCAGAGUAUAGACCGAAAUUCAGUUCGAUCUGUGAACAGAUCAAUGUAUCGAUUGAUAAAUAUUUACAGACAUGUAGAAAAGUGGACUAUUUGAAUAUAAAUGAAUUAAAGACGGCAAAUUCUUCUUCAUUAACCUUAUCAUGGAUUAAUGAUGAUGUUGAUGAUAUUGCAUAUUGUCUUUUGCCUAAAUCAACCGAUAACGGUUUACUUACACCAAGUUUUAAUAAUAAUAAUAGCAACAAUAGUAAUAAUAAUAACAAUAAUAAUGCAUCACAAAUCUCAAGAAACUCCUCUUACAAGAUGUACGCCUCAUUUUCUUCAUCAAAUACGUAUUUUAAUAUGAAUAGAGUGAAUACAGCAAGUGAAGAGAAUCCAUUGUAUAAUAAUAAUAAUAAUAAUAAUAAUAAUAAACGAGAAUGUAAAAAUGAUAUUUCAAUGAGGGAAUUUAAAGAUACAAUCAGCAGUUUAAGAAAUGAUACCGGUAAAUGUUCAGUGAAUAGUAAUAAUAAUUAUGGUCAAGAGAAACUUUUAUAUUAUGCCAAUAAUCAUAGUACAAAUGAACAUAAGAUUGAAGCUAUGAAUGGAAAAUACAUUUCUUUUUCUAAACCAAAAUGUAAUGUUUAUGCAUGACUCUCUCCUUUUUCCCUAAAAACUGUCUUCUAUAUCUAGAGGGUAAAGAAUCAAGGUGUCCAAGUCGAUGUCAGUCGUAAAUCCUCUCCCUGUGGAGGUUUACAUUCCUCCUCCUCCUCCUCCCACUGCCUUCUUUACUCCUUCAAUGAUAGACAUUACUGCCACAGAAACACGUGUCUUCCUAUCGAAACGAACAAAUAAACAAGCUGUUCAUACAUGCAUUUUCGCAUAAAAUCAGAUGUAUUCCCUCUUUUUUGUAAUUAUUAAAAAUUAUAAAAGUCAACCAUGAAGUACAAAAUAGUGUCUUUAAGUCUUCAUGCACUUCUAUGCAUUUAUGAAAGCUGUUCAAACGAAAAACAACUCUGAAGUUAAUUCCUUCUUCUCUUUAUUUCUCCUUCUUCUUGUUCUUCUUCUCCAAAGAUGAAAACAUUUUAGUGUAUAAAUUUCUAGAGUUAUAUCAGUUGAUUUAUUGAAACACAGAUGACUUCUGAUUUCUCACCUUACUACUCAACACGAAACAAGAUAAAAU